UUUAAGCACCCACUAAAUAGUUAUUUUGCUAUUUUAUAUUUUAGUUAAUCAUAUGUUUUUAUUUUUUAAUUUGCAAAUUUAAAUGAGUUUUAUAAUUGACUUCAUUAGAUCAUUUGUAAACAAAAUGUUGGAGUUAUUGUCAUUCGGGAAAAAGACAAUCACUAAUACUCUGAAUAUUUACGUUAAAACAAAUACCGGAAAGACAUUGUCCGUUAAUUUAGAACCCCAAUGGGAUAUUAAAAAUGUAAAGGAGCUGGUAGCCCCGCAAUUGGGUUUGCAACCCGAUGAAGUGAAAAUAAUAUUUGCUGGCAAGGAACUAAGUGAUGCCACAACAAUUGAGGAGUGUGAUUUGGGACAACAAAGCAUACUUCAUGCCAUACGCACACGGCCUCAAAAGCUGAGGAAACACUUGCAUACAACUGUUACCGAAGAAGAAAGCGAGGAGCAGCCUUCUAAGCCCCUGUGUGAAACAUUAGUUGAUUUGCAACUGAUAAGUGAGGAACGAAGCAACAUAAGUGAAGAAGAUCGCGAACGGACAAGAGCUCAUUUCUUUGUACAUUGCGCUCAAUGUGGAAAAUUAUGUCGUGGCAAAUUACGUGUACGUUGCUCGCUUUGUAAAGGCGGUGCAUUUACAGUCCAUCGAGACCCAGAAUGUUGGGACGACGUUCUUAAAACAAGGCGUAUUCGAGGACAUUGUGAAUCGAUAGAAAUUGCUUGCGUCGAUAACCAGGACGGAGAUCCUCCAUUCGCUGAGUUCUUUUUCAAAUGUGGCGAGCAUAUAUCAGGGGGAGAGAAAGAUUUUGCAGCACCUUUAAAUUUGGUGAAGAGCAACAUCAACAAUAUUCCGUGUUUGGCAUGUACGGAUAUAAGUGAGACGGUUUUGGUGUUUCCUUGUGUUUCAAAACACGUUACUUGCAUAGACUGCUUCCUUCAGUAUAGUCGUUCUAGAUUAAUGGAAAGACAAUUUAUGCCUCAUCCUGAAAUUGGAUAUACUUUACCUUGCCCAGCAGGAUGUGAGAAUUCCUUUAUCGAAGAAAUACACCAUUUUAAACUAUUGACACGAGAAGAGUAUGAACGUUAUCAAAGGUUUGCAACCGAGGAAUAUGUUCUCCAAGCUGGAGGUGUACUUUGCCCGCAACCUGGUUGUGGCAUGGGUCUUUUGGUGGAACCAGACUGUAAAAAGGUCACUUGUCAAAAUGGAUGCGGAUAUGUUUUUUGUCGCAACUGCCUGCAAGGAUAUCAUUUAGGCGAUUGUUUACCAGAAAAUGGAAGCAGCAGUACUGGAGAAACCUGUGAAUAUACUGUAGAUCCCAAUCGUGCAGCAGAAGCUCGAUGGGACGAAGCUAGUAAUGUAACAAUCAAGGUUUCGACAAAACCGUGUCCUAAGUGUCGUACACCAACUGAAAGAGACGGAGGCUGCAUGCAUAUGGUUUGCACUCGUUCAGGCUGUGGAUUUGAAUGGUGUUGGGUAUGCCAAACAGAAUGGACAAGGGAUUGCAUGGGGGCCCACUGGUUUGGUUGAUGGCUCAUCGUCAUCAGUAGAGUCCGCAUUUUUAUGCAAAAUCGAAAUAUUUCCAUCUAUUAUUUUGCGAAUGAUGAUAACAUUUAGCUUUUUGUAAGUUUCUUAGUCAUAACAUGUUUACAAAAUGAAAUUUUAUUGCUAAAUAUCAACGUAUUUCCAAACAGAUAGAUAGUAAAAUAUCGAUUUUGAAUAAAAAUCUUAGUCAUCAGUAAUCAUAUCACAACUUGAUAAUAAAAAGGUUACAUUACUAGUUCUAGAGUGGUUGUUUCUCCCAAAAUAGUUGUUAACACGCAGUCUAAGUAGACCAUUAACCCGUACAUCAUUGCACUACUUAUCACAGAUGUUUAAUUUUAAUAGAUAUGUGGAGAGACUCUUUAAAAACUCGCCUGGUCCCAUGAUUAGAAAAAAAACAAACAAAAUUAAAAGAAGAGAGAAUUUUAAGAGUACUGUGAAGAAAAAUCAAUAGCUAGUUUUUAAUAGAAUGUGGAAAUUUGUUUGAUUUUAAACUUUUAAUAAUAUAUUUACAAAAAAAUUUUUAA